CCCAGAGCCCCCCACAUGCAGCCUGGCCCCUCUCCCCUCGGGGCUUUGCACAGCUGGGGAUUAUUCUUUUAAUCAGAGUCUGUAUGGGAAUUGCUUGCAUAUAAAUUACGGGAGCGGGGCAAGUCCUCCGGCAGCGGGGAGCCCCCCAGCCCCACCGGCUCCCAAGCAAUCUCGACAUCUCAGUGGAGCCGGGAUUAAUGGGGGCACAGGGCCACGCGCGCACACGUGUGUGCUCGUGUGUAUGCGCCCGCCCGCCGCCCUGUCUUCCUUCCAGUCCUUUGACCCUCGAUCGGGUUUUUUCAGCUAAUCCUCUCGUGUUUCCUCUGCGCUGACUUCUCGCCCCUCCAGCCCCCCCCCGUGCCAGCGUGGGUGGCUCUGGGUGCCCACGGCACAGGGCUCCCCCCAACACGAUCCAGCCUUGCGGUUGCUGCCCUCCGUCGGGGCCGGUGCAAAUGGGGAGGUUUUCCAGCCCGGUCCGGGAAGCGCUGGGCUCGGUGACUCCUUCCAUCUCCCCAUCACCCUGAUGGGGCAGCACCCCACCGUUCCCCCACGCCGCUGUCCCCCCCCAAGCACCCUUGGGUGCAGCAAGCAGCACUGGAAGGUCUUUCCGCGCCGGUGGUUGUGGCUUCGCCUCCUAAUGCCUUAAUCCGGCGCUGAUCCGCGGCGCCCCUGGGGCAGCCGGUCCUGCUGACCUUGCAGGCGCUGGCCCUGGGCAGGGACCCGGUGGCACCGGGCACCGUGGGACCCAGGCUGCCACGGACGCCCACCCAUGGCCUCCUUCUUCACGAACGCCCUGAAGAGCUUUCAGGGGGGUGAGGAGGAGCCAACCAAGGGGCCCCCCAAGGAUGGCAAGGCGGCCACGCUGCCCAACGGCAUGUCCCGCGAGGAGUUUGAGGAGUACCAGCGGCAGCUGCUGGAGGAGAAGAUCGAGCGGGACAAGGCCUUUGCACAGCGGAAGGCAGAACGGGCCACUUUACGGAUGCACCUGCGGGACAAGUACCACCUGGCCCAGGACGAGCGGGACGACGCUCAGCUGCAUGUGGCUGGGGGAUCGGUGGAGCUGCCGCAGGACCUGGCCGCCAUGGUGCGCACCGAGGAGGAGGAAGAUGAGGAGGAGGAGGAUGGCAGCACCAGGGCCUUUGCCUUCCUCACGAAGCUGCGGGAGGUGGAUCUGCCAGCGCUGCGGGACCGUGCGCUGGGCAGCGUGGAGGAGGUGAAGAAGUGCGCCCUGAUGUAGCCCCGCUGCCCGCCCCGCUGGCAGGUGACACCAGCAGCACUGGGGCUCAGCCCCGGCCCCCCCCGAGCAGUGGGACGCGGGUGUUACAGGUGCCAUUACCUGGAUUUGGGGGUCCCAACGCAUGCACCGGGGGUGGGUUUUCCUCCCCCAAACCCUGUUGCUUUUCCAGGGUGCGCUGGGCGGGUGCGGGGAUGCAAGAUGCCUGGGUGCUGGCCAAGCCCUCCCCUGCGGUGCCCGCAGUGGGGACCCCCCGGACAGGGGGGGCAGCGGUCCCUGACGCUCUGUCACCCCCAGGAACCAGCCCCGGGGCCUUGCGCGCUGUUUGGCUCAAUAAACGUGGUGUUUGCCAGCA